AAUAAAAAGUUCUUACAACACACACUUCUUGUCUGGGAAACAAAAAAAAAGGAAAUUAGAAGAAAAGAGAUCAAUGGAGGAAGAAUACAUAAGAGUGAUAAACAUAACAGUGAUUGGAGUUAUCUCAUGGGGUUUGAUUUUCAUCCUCGUGCGACGAAUCUUUUCAAACUACUCCUUCGACUUCAGCACUCGUAUUGUCUCGACCCUUCACGCCACAGUCGCGGUCGUUUUAGCAACUCUUACGAUUCAAGAUUGGUCUCGUCCAGUUUAUCCCAUAGCUUCCACGUCAUCUCUCCAGCAGAUGGAAACGAUGGCAUUUUCUUUGUCUUACAUGAUCUACGAUCUCAUUUGUAGUCACUUUGACCAAGUCCUUAGCAUUGAUAAUGCCGUUCAUCAUUCUGUCUGCAUUCUUGGUUUUGUAGCUGGACUUUGCUACCGAAAGUGCGCAUCCGAGAUGGUUGCAGCAAUUUGGAUUACAGAGAUCUCAAGUCCAUUCCUUCACCUCAGGGAGAUUCUUAAAGAGAUUGGUUACAGAGACACCGAUCUCAAUCUUGCCGCCGAUGUGUGUUUCGCAACAAUCUUCUCACUCGCGAGAAUGGUGGGUGGACCUUACCUCGUUUACGUCACGAUGGCUGCUGAUAACCCCAUCCUCAUCAAGGCAAUGGCGUUGGGAUUACAACUCGUGAGCGCAUUCUGGUUUUACAAAAUACUGAAGAUGAUGAGAUACAAAAUUAUGAGAAGAUCAAUGCCCAAUACAAAAUCAGAUUAGUUGAAGUUAGUUUAUUAUUUUAUCGAUUAUAAUAUUGGUGAAUUCUGAUUUGUUUGUCAUUUUAAGAAUAUUUGAUUAUUUUUUUAUUUUACAUGAAAAUCUGUGGAAUUCAAAAUGGG